CAAAUCUGCUGGAGGGAGGGGGAGCGAGCAAAGAGGAUCGGGUACCAUUUCCUGUUCCGGUUGUUACCAGAAGCAGCACACGAGUGCUGGGAAAGAAGUGCAUAAUGUCUCCGGAUAGUGAGGAUGAGGAGGCUCCCGAAGAAGUCACUUUCCAGAGCGCUAAGAGCCAGGCAGUGGAUACAGCGAGGAAAGUGCGCCAGGCUGCCAAAAGGGAAAAGGAUCUUUUGAAAGAGAAGAGAAAACUCAAGCAAGAGCUUUUUACAGAGCAAAAGAAGAGAAAGCUGCUCGAUGAGGACAUCCUGCAGACUGUAUCUGCUCUUCCAGACAAACCGUAUGAGACAUCCAAAGAUGAAGAUGUAGCACAGGAUAAAGGAAAUGCACUAAUGAACGAUCAAAUGAAAAAGAAGCCCCAAAAAAGAGAGUUAAAACCUAAAAUCAGACUGCAAGAAAACUAUAAAGUGGUGCAUCUGGAAGAUUACAGUCACAAGAACUUACAACAGCAAAAAGCAAAGGAAUUUGUCCAACAUGCAUUAUAUGGGCGAAUAAAGAACAGAACUACAGCAAAUGAAUUUCUUUCUGUCGCAAGCAAAAAAGGUGUAGUGAAGAAGCCUGCCUUUCACUUCUCUGACCAGACCUGGGGUGAGGCUGAAAAAAAGAAAUCUGAAAGGUUUAAUCUUCUUUGGAGAGACAGAAAGAAACUAUGAAUAAGGGAUCUGGAAGAAACUUCUUUCUUUUCCGUACACUAUGAAAGCUUUUCUACUAGACAUUUUGAUGCUGGAAUACAUGAAGAUCCAUUUUUGUUUUUUAUUUAACCACAUCAUUUUGUAUAUCAUGGAUCACUAAUGACUGGUGCAUUUACAUCUAAAAACGGCCUGAGAUUGGGUGUCCUGAAAUAGAAGUUGCGCUGUCUAGCAACCUCAAGUGCUCCCUGUUCUGUCCAGAUAAGCAGUUUAGCAAAGUACAGCAGAUGGACCUUCUUACCUAUGAUGCGUGUUUUUGGUGUAAUCUCACUCAGUCUCUAAGGAUUUAGGCUACUUUAUGCCAUUUUAGUCUGAGCUCAAGAAUAGCAUCUUUUUUUUGUGUCACUGGAAUAAACAAUUGACCCACA